AUGACGUCGAAGAAUAAGAAUAACAAGCACAGGGAUGAACUGAUCGGUCUGCAGAUUUUAGAGGGUCUUAUCUUCCGCCCCCGCCGCCACCGCCGCCAGACUGCAGAAAUAAAUACAGAACCAAAUAGAUACUUGUUGAUAGCAGCUAGUGGAGGCUUAAAUCAACAAAGAACAGGGUUUGCCGAUCAUCUUCUUAAGAGUAAUUGUUCGAUAAAACAGAUAGUAGAUGCCGUUGUUGCUGCCUAUAUCUUGAAAGCUACGUUAGUCGUGCCUAAGCUUGACCAAGAAUCUUUCUGGAAGGAUCCCAGUAAUUUCUCAGAGAUAUUUGAUGUGGACUGGUUUAUGACGUUCAUGUCGAAAGAUGUGAAGAUUAUAAAAGAGCUCCCUCAAAACGCAACGAAAGUAUUAAGCACUCGUGUACCAAGGAAAUGCAAUCCGAAAUGCUACGAGACUCGUGUUCUUCCCAUCUUUAAUAAGAAACAUGCUGUUGAGCUUACAAAGUUCGAUUACAGGCUGUCUAAUUUGCUCGAAGACGAUUUGCAGAAACUGCGAUGCAGAGUUAACUACCAUGGUUUGAGGUUUAAUGAUCCGAUUCGUGAUAUGGGUCGUAAAUUAGUUGAGAGAAUGAGAAUCAAAAGCAAGCAUUUUAUUGCACUGCAUUUAAGAUACGAACCGGAUAUGCUGGCCUUUUCUGGAUGCUACUAUGGUGGAGGAGAGAAAGAAACGAAAGAACUAAGUGCAAUACGUAAGAGGUGGAAAACUUUACACACAAAGGAUCCAGAGAGGGAAAGAAGGCACGGGAAAUGCCCGUUGAGCCCCGAAGAAGUUGGGGUAAUGCUGAGAGCAUUGGGAUUUGGGGAAGAAAUUCAUAUAUAUGUAGCAUCGGGUGAAAUAUAUGGAGGUGAAGAAGCACUUGCACCACUUAAAUCCCUUUUCCCAAAUAUCCAUACUAAAGAGAGUAUUGCCAUUAAAGAAGAGCUAGCACAAUUUUCGCCAUAUUCAUCUCGUAUGGCUGCAUUGGACUUCAUCGUUUGCGAUGAAAGUGACGUUUUUGUCACCAAUAACAACGGGAAUAUGGCCAAGAUACUCUCUGGAAGAAGGAGAUACUUUGGUCACAAACCAACAAUCCGACCGAACACAAAGAAACUACAAAAGUUGUUCCUUAACCGAGACAAUACAACAUGGGAAGAAUUUUCAUCACAUGUGAGGGAAUUCCAAACGGGGUUCAUGGGUGAACCAUUAACAAACGAGGUAAAUAAUACUAAGAAGGGCGAGUUUCACGAAAAUCCUUGGUCUUGCAUAUGUGAAAAUUCAGAAAGAAGAACAAGUAGAAGUAGUAGUCGUAGUAGUAAAGAAGAUGUAGAUAUAAGUAACGAUGAGGUGUUGUCUGAAUACGAGACAGAUUUAUCAGAAACAGAAUAUCCAGACGAUGAAAAUGGAAUUCUGCAGGGGAGAUUCUAG